AACCCUUGGUCACCCAUCGUCUUCGUUUGUCGCUGAUUCUGCAAACGCCGGGCUCCAUUUUCAUACUCGUUUUUUGUGCAGAGGGACGGAAGAAUGGUGGUACGUUUGCGGCUUUCGAGGUUUGGAUGUCGGAACAAGCCGUUCUACAGAGUUAUGGCGGCGGAUAGCCGAUCCCCAAGAGAUGGCAAGCAUUUGGAAGUUCUGGGCUACUACAAUCCUCUUCCUGGUCAGGACGGUGGUAAAAGAAUGGGUGUUAAUUUUGAAAGAGUGAAGUAUUGGCUCUCUGUUGGCGCACAACCCUCAGAACCAGUUCAGCGCCUUCUCUUCCGAGCAGGGUUGUUACCUCCACCGCCUAUGAUGGCAAUGGGACGGAAAGGGGGUCCACGGGAUAUGCGACCUGUUGAUCCAAUGACAGGACAUGUUAUGACAGAGGUAAAAGAAGACAAGGUUGAAGCAAAAGAGGACACUAAAGUUGAUGAUGAGAAGAAUUCAAGUUCUUAGUCGCCGUCAAAUCUUUCUACAGCUUGAUACAAGUCCAUUUCAUGAAACAUGGAAAGCUCUAGACAAGCCCCACUCAAUUCAAAUUCUUAUACAAGCUAAGCAAUGCAUUUCAGGUGGCUUGUCACAGUAAAAUGGAGUUGCUGAUGGUGAUACAGACUUGCAUUCCAUUUAAAGAGAUCCAAGCACCAUUAUUAUUACUACUUUCUUGUAUUCACUCUUAACCCCAUAUAAUCUUGUGGAGGCUUUUCCCCUGUUCUAUUUCUUAGUAAUGGAUUUCAUAUCCACUUCAUAAUUUAUUAUUAGUCUUCCUUAAAUAAUGUCUAUUCAAUUA